AUUAAAAAGUCAAAUGUUUGGAUUGGAUUGUUUUUUUAACUAAAGAUUUUGUACAUUUGUUAUUAUUCAACUUUGUAUUUGUUUUUAAACCAUUUGUGUCACCUUGUUUCAGCUACCUCUGUUCAGUUGCAUCAUUAUUUAAAUAUUUUUUGUGACAUGUUGUUUAUUUGAUUUAAUACUCUGGUUAUUAUUUCAUUGAAUACUCUGGUUUUGUACAUUUUAUGUUCUUUUUUUCUAAGGGAUUUUAUUUGUUCAUUUAUAGUAAAUACAUUGUAUACUGGUUUAUUUUGUUACUUUUAGUGGGCUCAGAAUACAUUUAUUAUUUGUCAUCCAGUAUCCCACUUAUUGCUUCAUCCAUUGAAAUGUGUAUAUCAAUCCCAGUCCACUCUUCUAUUUAUUUAUUUUUAAUUAAUUAUUCUAUAUUCAUGAUAAUCCUACAAGGGGAUAUUCAACAAUGAAUGAUCAAUAAUCGCUAUUAUUGGCAAAAAGAGAGGGCCCAUUGAGAUGAAGGAUUGGACUCAUUGAAGAGUUUAUUCAUGUACAGUUUCACUUUUGUAACUGGCCCUCCGAGUGAAAGCAGAACUCUGAUGUGUCCCCCGAUGAAAAUACAGCGUUCACAGUUGUCAGACCUCAACUCGAAAUGGGAAGGCGAAUUUUCUGACGUCUCUGACGCGCGUUGGUCGUAACAUCGGGGGCGGAACAAAAGGGAGUCUCUUGUUUCCACCCAUCCGACCGACGGGAUUGCGCAGUCGGACGCCGCAGAGGAAGGAAGAAGAAUGAUGAAUCCUCUGUCAAUUUUGGUGCCUCUUCUCAAACUUUACUACUGUGGAAUCAGAGUUCUCAUCUACCAGAUGUUCAACAGCUCGUUUACUCUACCAGUCUUACAGAAGCAGAAUGGAAGGGUUGGCAUUGUUACUGGUGGUACAAGAGGAAUGGGUUUUGUGACUGCAAGACAUCUGGCAAGACUUGGCAUGCAUGUUAUAAUAGCUGGGAAUGAGAGAGAGGAGGGCUUAGCUGCUGCAAGGACAAUUCAGGGAGAAUGCAGAGAGGGGAAAGUGGAGUUUCUGUUUCUGGACCUGACUUCCCUGAAUUCAGUGCGAGAAUUUGUCGAAACAUUCAAAGGCAGAGGGCUUCCGCUCCAUGUUCUGGUUAACAAUGCUGGCACCAUGCUGGUUUCUGAGAGUCAGACAGAAGAUGGCUUUGAGUUACACUUUUCUCUCAACUACCUCGGCCACUUCCUACUGACCAACCUGCUGCUUGACUUGCUGAAGAGAUCAGGCAGACCAGGCUGCUGUUCACGUAUCGUCAACAUGUCCUCUGCAACACACUAUGCGGGGGUUAUACACAUGGAUGACCUCAACAGGAGGUUAAGCUACAGUUCUCAUGGUGCCUACGCCCAAAGCAAACUAGCUUUAGUGCUUUUCACUUACUACCUACAAGAGCAGAUGACAGCCAAAGGUUUCUCAGUGAUCGUCAACGCUGUGGAUCCUGGGAUGGUGGACACAGCACUCUACGACAACCUGUGGAGCCUUGCACAGGCACUCAAAAAGCCAUUUGCCAAGACUUUGUUCAGGACACCGACAGAGGGUGCCUCCAUAAUCAUGUAUGCGGCAGCUGCCUCUGAGAUGGAAGGGGUGGGUGGUUGCUACCUCUACAAUGGCGAGAAGAGACAAUCAGCCAAAGAUUCCUAUGACGCUGAACUUCAAGCGGAGUUGUGGAGAAAGAGCUGUGAGCUUGCAGGCCUACACAAGGGCUAAUAUACACGGUGACUGUCCUUCAAAGACCAAUAGAUCCACAUCAGACUUGAAAUUAUGUACGGAUUUGGCUUGGACCAGUGAUUUACAACCACUAUGGUGUAGAAAUGUAUCUUUUUUUUUUCCUAAUUUGGUCUGAAAAUUAUUAGUUAUCUAUUGUAAGUAAUGUAUCUUUGUUCAUCUAUUGUAUUCGUGCCAGCAAUGUAUCAUGACAGGAAGCUAAUUAAAUGCUCUUUCACUUGAUGGCAGAAGCUCCAGUUAACCUUUGUUGCCAUUCAUACAACUGAAUAACUUUGUGUUAAACUAAACAAGACCAGAUUUCCCAUUGAGUAAGUAAUUUGAUCCGAGAUCAUCAUUAUUUCAAUAUAUAUACAGUAUUUUUUUAUCACAUUUUUGUUUGGUGAUUUUCUAAUGUGAAAUAUGUGUCUGACCUUGACUCAAUAAAAAUUGGGAAACGC